CGUCGCGCCGUCAUUUCCACACCCUAGUUCAGCUGCUUCUCUUCGCCUGGCGGGCGUUCAGCAGGCGCCAUGGAUGGGGAGGAGGAGCAGGAAGGCGGGGCGGGCGCGUUCCUGCCGUACAUCAGCAAGCGCAAGCGCAAGAACACGGGCAUCACCGUGUCCUUCGACGAGAACGCCAGGAGGGAGUUCGUGACGGGGUUUCACAAGCGCAAGGUGGAGCGGCGGCGAGUGGCGGAGGAGAAGCAGAAGCGCAAGAAGCGGCAGAAACACCUGCAGGAGCGGGCGGAGCGACGACUGGCAGCGAAGAAGGCGGGGGGAGGUGGGGCCGGAGGGCGAGGAGCGAGCCGGGGUAGAGGGCGAGGGGGAAGAGGAGGGGUGGAGGAGGAAGAGGGAGGAGAGGAGGGUGGGGAAGGGGAUGAGGUGGACGAUGAGGAGGAAGCAGACUUCGGGCGGCAGAAUGAGAGGUUGUUAUCGCUCGGCCGCACGCCUGCUGCUGCUCCUGUCGUGUUACACUACGACAGUGGCAGCCUGGAGACCUUCGUUACUGGAGUAGGAGCACGGCACUGCAGAUAGCUAAAGUUAGCAGCAGGAGAAAAGGGAGGAGCGGUGGGAGGCAACAGGUGAGGAGGCGGAAAAAAUCGGGAGAGAAAGGGAAGGACCUAAAGAGGAAGAAGCGCCAUGGGGGAAGUAGGCCUGCUUAUUUCUGCCUCCCUGUAGGGAUAGAUGGCAGUAGGUUGCAAACUGGUAGGCUGUGGUUUGGUGCAAAUUUAUGAAGUGGUUGCCACCAGGUAGUGGCAUAAGCAUGCCUACCGGUUUUUUUGCGUCAUAACUGGUGUGUGAAGAGGUGAAACAUGGUGUGGUGUAGCAAUGGUGGUCUAGUAUUGCACAGCAGUUGUCUUUGAUGCCUGAUGGCCAGUGCUCUUGCUCAAGUGGGUUUCCUCUGUCAGCUAGGCUGCAGGAGUAAUGCUUUAGUA